AUGAAGUCUGAGUCUCAGGAUGCGUCCAACAUGCGUAUUCAGCAAUUGCGGGAGAGGCUGGAAUUGUACAACGCUACUAUAAAUAGGGCCAUGGGUACGAGAUCAGCUAGCACAACUAGUGACGGGGCUGCUAAGCUGAGUAAGCAAUUCAAGGCCGGGAACGCAGUGUCGGAUCCGUAUAUCCCCAUGGGUACACAUCGCUCACCCCCUAAAACAACAACAUCGAACACCACCUCUCAGAAACUCCCUGGUGCAACCAGAUUAGCCUCUCAUAUAAAGAAGACGAUUGACAGCAAUAGCGGCGGCACGUCAACUGUGCUGAAGAGCGCGACAGAUAUUUUCGCAAAAAAAAACAAGAAGCCCUCCCCUAUUAAAAAGGCAUUAGAUAUUGAUGAGAAAUCCUCUACGGACUCCACUGCGUCGGUAUCGAAAGAACAUGUUGACAUCGAGAGCGAAUCGAAGCCAGCAUUCGUAACGCCGCCGGUACGGGCGGCCACCGCAAAGUCCCCAACUCUAGAUUCAAAACUGCAUUCCAAUUCUAUAGAUGCCGAAGAAAAUAGAGCCUCCAACUCCUGUGGAUCACCCUCGAUGCACUCCGCUGGAGUUAAUGACAAUACUCAGGGGAAAGCGUCGCUGCCAUUCACCCGCAGUAGUACCAUCUACCAAUCUCCUUUCAGAGGUGCUAGCCCCACUCAAGUCUCUCCAUUCAGACGCGCGCCACCUGUAUCAAUCGUCCCUCAGGCGUUGGGUGUGUCGCGGUCGCGUCCAACCGCGGCGCAUCAUUUGUGGGAUUUUCCAUCGAGAACUAAUGACGCGGACCCCAUGGAGGAUAAGCAUAAAAUCGUUCAAGAAGAAGAGAGUUUGGAAGAUACCUCAACAAGCGGGGACAGCAGCGAUAGCUCUUCGAGCGACGAAGAGGCAUUCAACCAAUUUUUAGAAAAAAUUCUGAGUGUAAACCCCUCGAUGGAGAAAGCGAUUCAAGAAACGUUGUCAAACUCCCACGCUUUCCUAAAGCGCACGACCGUUAGGGGAGGAGUGCGUGCCAACACGGAAGAUACCCAAAGGGGCAUUCACUUCACACCAUUGCGAACGUCGACGAAGCAUCUUGACCCUCAGGAACCCCCAGACGGGAAGCGCCUGCCCGGUCGCGAUCACUCGCGCCAUGGUGAUCCUAAAAUUAUCACCACACCGAGUGAGACUAAUCCUCUAAUUUUUUCAGAAAAAUCGGAGACCAAGCCUGCCUCUCAGGCCUCUGCAACCUUGUCUCUCGCCGAGGAGGGUGUCACAGUCCGAAAUGGAGCUUUCAGCCUCACAAAGGUGGAGGUGCCGGCGGAAGGCUCGGGUGAUGCUCACCCCCAGAAGGGCUUAGCCCAAGGGGUGUCCUUUGAUAAGCUGGAGGUCGCCUUCCAAAACUUGGAGACGGUGGUGCAUGCGAUGCAGAAGGUGUACCGCGCGACGGGGAUCGCGGCCUUUCCACCGGAUCUGCCGCAGUCCGAAGAAGCUGCCUCCCUCGCCGCCGUGCGCGACCGACUAGUUCGGGAAGAAGCUGAUCUCCGCGCCGAUCCGCCGAAUGGCCCACUUCUCGUACAGGUUAAGGAGGCAUCAGGGAUGCAGGUUGAAGGGCUCGCUCGGCGGCUCAUUCAGGAAUGCGAGUCGGCUAUGGAUUCCUUAAAAGAAGUUGAGGAUCGUCGCUGGAAGCUGCAAGAUAAACGUCAGCGCCUUGAGAUGCGUCGAAAAGAUUUGAAAGAGCGGCAAGAGGCACGCGCGUUGAUUAAUGAUGAAAAUGAGCAACUGCGAAAGCGGAAUGAUGAGUGUGCUUUGGCUCUGCGUGAGCGUGAAAAAAAAUACAUGGUUAAACUAGCAGAGCAUAGCGUACAAGAAAAGGACAUUCAGGAUCAUAUCGGUGAAGUGGAACAGCUUGGCCACAAGAUUACAUCGUGGCUGCGCAUUCUGGAAGAUCGGGAUAGCAAUCUGUCGGCAAAGGAAGAAAAGCUGCGACGUGUACAAGUCGACCUUCAGCGCCGAGCCAAAGAUGUACAGGCCUACAAGGAACUUAAAAAUAAGCUUGAGGCGCAGGCUCCGCGAAGGGAAAUUACCACGGAAUGA